AUAUUACUGUUGUGUAGUGACUAGUGAGCCUAUAGUGGUGUAUUCUCAGGACACGUUUAAAUUGUUGUGACGAAGUUCACAAGUCAUUCGUGGCCAGUAUAUUUAGUAGCUGUUGUUUAAACGCCAUUCACUCUAAAUUCGAUUUUUCAAAUUUUCAAUUCUCUGAUCCGGGUUGACGUCAUAAAUAUUAAACUGUAAUGAUAUUUGCGUUUUUCAGAAUAUUGAUCCACUUAUGAACAACAGAAGUUUUUGUUUUAAUAAACAUGAACACUGAUGACACAGUUUUGGAAUUUGGUUCCGAAAACGAACCAAGAGUCAAAAAGAGGGUUAUCCAUCCUGUAGCUUGUUUUUUCCAUCUCUUUUUUCGAGUUUCUGCAUUGGUUGUGUAUUUGGUGUGUGGACUUACAACCGCUGGCUUUGUGAGCAGUUUCAUUGCCAUUCUGUUGCUACUUUCCGCUGAUUUUUGGACCGUGAAAAAUGUCACUGGGAGAUUACUGGUUGGUUUAAGGUGGUGGAACAAAGUUGAUGACGAUGGCAAAAGUACGUGGAUUUAUGAAUCAAGAAAGCCUGCUGCAAUGAAGAAACACCCAGUGAAACCAGCAGAAUCAAGGAUUUUUUGGGUCAGUUUGAUUGUGUGUCCUCUUAUCUGGCUCUUCUCUUUGUUUGGUUUAAUCUUCGGUCUAAACGUGAAGUGGCUCGCUGUAGUCAUCGUUGCUUUAAUACUGAACUCUGCCAACUUAUUCGGAUAUAUUCGAUGCAAAUUUACAAGCAGGAAACAAAUCGGAAGUUUAGCAACAAAAUACAUUGGUUCACAAAUAUUUAAUUCCAUGGCAGGUGGUACGCAGGAAGAGACAAAUACACCGGUCUCUUCAGAGACAUUUUAAUUUCCCAUUCUCUCAUAUGUGUAAAAAAUAUUAUGCGUGGUUAUUUAUUUUUCGCUUCAGUAUAACUUAAAAUGAAAAGGUCCUUUGUUAUAAGAAUAUAUGUAUUGGACUCUAUUAUUGUAGGCGCAGUGGUGCACUAUAUGCUUUGUAUUUUAUAUAAGUUAUCAAAGCACAUAACAUAUAAAAAGGUAUCAUGUGUUGUACAGUAGGGCGGUACACAUACAGUAACUUCAUACGAGCCAAACCUAGGGUGGCAAGGCAGGCAAACACAGGCUGAGUGUGGAGUUGCAUUAAACAUCUGCACUGCACCCAAUCAAACAGUGAACAUUGCAACCAAUAAGUUAGAUUCGUCUUCUAGAAAUGUGUGUCUAACUAAACCUGCCUUCCUUGCAUUUUAAGUUUGGCACCCAUGGUUAACUUUUUUUGUAAAAACUAAAAAGCAUUCAACCCCUAUUGUAAACUCAGACUUUUUUAUUAUUUAAUGUUUUUAUAUAAGGUGAAUUAAACUGUUUAAUCAACCUGGCAAUAAUAAUAUUUAGUCGUAUUUGUAACCCAAUAUAGUAAGGUAAUCUUUAAUCUGCUAUAUCUCAAAAUCUAUGUUUUAUGAGGAUACUUUUUAAACUACAGUAACUCUGUUAGGAUUAAGAUACGGUAUUUUUAUUGUAUAUUUUAUGUAUUGGGAAUUAGUGACUGUUAGUCUGUUACUAACAUAUUUUUUUUGUGCAAUGUGUCCAACUUAACUUAUACUGGUUAAAUUUUAUUGGACAGGGCAUUUAGAAUACAUAUGCUUACAACUUGU